CUCCCUCCCUCCCCGCCACCUCCCCGCCUGUCACUACCACGCCGGAGAGCCACCAUGGCGCACGGCGGGCCACGCGUGUCCGCCGCUGCCGCUCCGCGCGGGGCUGCCCGGCUGCCGCCGCCGCUGCUGCUGCUGCUGCUGCUGCUGCUGCUGCCGCCGCUGCUGGGCGCCGCCGCCGCUCCGCGCUGCGCGGAGCCCUGCGGCCGCCCGCGCCCUGUAGCCCUGACCCUCGGGGCGCGCAGCCCGCCGGAGCCGCGGCGCGGCGGCGGGGCGGCGGCGGGGAGCAGCCGCUCCAGGAGAGCAUCCUUGGCGGCCGGCCGGGAGCAGGUCUCCCUCAUCAGCACCUCCUUCGUGCUGAAAGGGGACGCGUCUCACAACCAGGCGAUGGUGCACUGGACGGGCGAGAACAGCAGCGUGAUCCUGAUCCUUACCAAGUAUUAUCAUACUGAUAUGGGGAAAGUUCUGGAGAGCUCUUUGUGGAGGUCUUCAGAUUUUGGGACAUUAUACACAAAGUUGAAUCUACAGCCUGGGAUUGCCACUGUUAUUGACAAUUUCUACAUUUGUUCCACCAACAAAAAGAAGAUAAUUCUUGUAAGUUCUUCCCAUAAUGACCGUGACCAAAGCCUUUUCAUAAGCACAGAUGAAGGAGCCACUUUCCAGAAACAACCCAUUGCUUUCUUUGUGGAAACCCUCCUUUUUCACCCAAAAGAAGAAGAUAAAGUACUUGCUUAUACCAAGGAAGGCAAGAUUUAUGUAUCUAUUGACUUGGGAAAAAAAUGGAACCUUCUGCAGGAACGAGUUUCUAAAGAUCAUUUUUUUUGGGCUGUUGCUGGAGUUGACGGGGACCUUGAUUUAGUUCAUAUGGAAAUCCAGGACCUCAGUGGAGGUUAUCGCUACAUCACUUGCCAGAUUCAAAAUUGUUCUGAUAAGACAAUGACAGUCCCAUUUGCUGGCAGCACUGAUCGGGAUUCCCUGACUGUGCAGGAUGACUACAUAUUUCUUCAGACAACAUCAGCAAAUCGGACCAAGUAUUACGUGUCCUACCGUCGGAAUGGCUUUGUACAGAUGAAGUUGCCAAAAUAUGCAUUGCCAAAAGACUUACAGAUAAUCAGUACAGAUGAAAACCAGGUGUUUGUGGCUGUACAGGAGUGGUACCAGACAGACACAUACAACCUGUACCAGUCUGACCCACAAGGUGUUUACUACUCCAUCUUGCUGGAGAAUGUCCGGAGCACAAAGCAGCCAGAAGAGAAUGUCCUGAUAGAUAUUCUGGAGGUCAGAGGUGUAAAAGGAGUCUUUUUGGCCAACCAGAAAAUUGAUGGGAAAGUCAUGACUCUGAUAACCUACAACAAAGGCCGUGACUGGGAUUUUCUAAACCCUCCAGACGUCGAUAUGAAUGGCAAACCCACCAACUGCAAGCCUCCUGAUUGUCACCUCCACCUCCAUCUGCGGUGGGCAGACAAUCCCUACGUGUCAGGCACAGUGCACACCAAGGACACUGCACCAGGGCUCAUCAUGGGGGCAGGUAACCUGGGGUCCCAGCUGGUUGAGUAUAAAGAAGAGAUGUACAUAACAUCUGACUGUGGGAACACGUGGCGUCAGGUCUUUGAAGAAGAGCACCACAUCUUGUACUUGGACCAUGGUGGAGUUAUUGUGGCUAUCAAAGACACUUCUAUCCCUCUGAAAAUACUCAAGUUCAGCAUAGAUGAAGGCCAGACGUGGAGCACACAUAAUUUUACCAGCACUUCUGUCUUUGUAGAUGGACUACUUAGUGAACCUGGAGAUGAGACACUGGUCAUGACAGUCUUUGGACAUAUCAGCUACCGUUCAGACUGGGAGCUGGUGAAGGUGGACUUCAGACCAUCCUUCCCCAGGGAGUGCACUGAUGAAGACUAUGAGUCUUGGGAGCUCACAAAUCUGCAGGGUGAUCGUUGCAUCAUGGGCCAGCAGAGAAGCUUUCGUAAGAGGAAGAUUUCAUCAUGGUGCAUUAAAGGGAAAAGUUUCACAUCAGCUCUCACAUCCAAAGUUUGUGAAUGUGUGAACACUGAUUUCUUAUGUGAUUAUGGGUUUGAGCGCUCUGCGCCUCUGAAGUUGGAGUCGAGCAAAUGCUUUGCUGACUUUUGGUUUAACCCAGAAGCACCUCCUGAAGACUGUGUGUUGGGGCAGGCAUACACCAGCAGCACUGGGUACAGGAAAGUUGUUUCUAAUGUGUGUGAAGGUGGAGUAGACCUGCAGCAGAACUUGGCACACCAUAUGUGUCCACUGAUUGCUCCCAAGGGACUUCAGAUCAGCAUCAGAGAAGAAAGUCUGGCUGUUAGGCCUGGGGAAGACAUCACCUUCAUUGUCCAACAAGAGCAGGGUGAUGUAUUGAGUACCAAAUACCAGGUAGAUCUUGGAGACGGCUUUAAGGCAAUAUACGUGAACCUGACGAUGACCGGAGAGCCCAUCCGUCACCGCUACGAGAAUCCUGGGAUUUACCGCGUGUCGGUGAAGGCUGAGAACGUGGCUGGGCACGAUGAGGCCGUGGUCUUCGUCCAAGUCAGCUCUCCACUUCAGGCUCUAAAUUUAGAAGUGGUUCCAGUUAUUGGGAGAAACCAGGAGGUGAACCUGACAGCCAUCAUUCUGCCCAAGAACCCUAAUUUGACAGUUUUCUACUGGUGGAUAGGAAACAAUCUUCAGCCACUGCUUACAUUGGAGAGUUUUCUGGUGACAAAGUUUGCUGAGACAGGUGAUGUCAGAGUUACAGUGCAAGUUUCCUGUGGGAGCUCUAUGCUUCAGGACUCAAAAGUUGUCCAUGUUUUUGAUCAUUUUCAUGUUCUUCCUCUGAAGUUUACUAAGGACCUGGACAUGUACAACCCCGACAUACCGGAGUGGAGGGAAGACAUUGGGCGGGUGGUGACGCGACUUCUUGCAAAGGAGACCAGUAUACCUGAAGAAACACUCAUGACAGUUGUGAAACCUGGUCUGCCCACAGCUGCUGACUUGCAUGUGCUACUACCAGCAAAUCAACCAAAAAAGAAGAGAAGCAUAACAAGUGAUAAGAGAAUAGCAGCUAUAAAGCAGGCCCUGAAUGCACACAACAUCAGUUUCUUCCUGAGGGGAGGAUACUGGGUCUUAGUGACUUUAGCUGACUCCAGUUCAGACUCUCAGAGGAUUGGAGGAGGCAGUGGCUACUGGGCUAUUGUGGUUCUCUUUGUUAUUUGUCUAGUUGCAGUCGGGGCUUUCAUCCUCUACAAAUUCAAAAGGAAACUGCCAGGCAGAAAUGUCUACGCUCAGAUGCACAAUGAAAAAGAGCAGGAGAUGACAAGCCCUGUUAAUCACAGUGAGGACACCCAGAACAUCAUCCAGGGUGAGGAGUUUAUUGAUGAUGAUCUGGACUCUCAAACACUAGGUAACGCAAGAGUGACUCCUUCUGGGAGAAGUGGCAACUUGAACAGCUACAGAGUUCCCUUAUUGCUGAUGCCGGUCAGUGUCCAGUCCCAGGCAAUCACUCAGGCGUGGUUUUGAGCAUCAACUCCAGAGAGAUGCACAGUUACCUGGUUAGCUGAUAUUUGCAGCUGAACACAAAAACCGAAAGACUCUUCACUGUACCGUUUUAUUUUUCCCUGGUGAUGUCCCGAAAUUGCAAACAUGGCUGUAAAUGCUGAUGGAGAGGAGGUUUCUUAUCAGUCCUGUGGAAAAAAGCAUCCAUCAUCAAUUACCAAGGGCGAAGGAUAACAUGUCUUGUGUUCACUCUAUGGCCUGGGAACUCAUUUUGACCAAAACUCAAACAAUGGUAGCAAAUUUGUAGCCCUGGGCACCUUCAAUGCCACCUUGUUUCUUUUCUGUAUGUGCUCUAUUUCUUUAUGUUUAUUUUUAGAAUGAUUGACUGUAACUUUUUCAUUAUAUUUUUGACUGAGGUAUUCAGUGGAAGGCUGGGAAUCUUCAGCCCAGAAAGGUGAUUUUUACACAAGUGACUAGAACAGAAAAGAUGGUUGGUUGAUCACAAUGACAAUUUUUUUUAGUAGGCCAAGUGUUUCUGUACUGGGAAAGGACUGAGAGAGAGACAAAUGCACUCCUAGUUGAGACCAGCUCUUAACUAAAACAUGUGUGAGACAAUCUAACAAAUUUAGGCUUAGGCCCUUCUGAGGAUUAAAGGAAGUAAAAUAUUAAUUAGGAUAUCUUGUAAUGUACAAUAAUGCUCUUGUAGGUGUAGCAAGUCCUGACAAACUAUCAGCAUCGGUAUCUCCCCCAAUCCCAUCACAUGUGAAAGAAAAACACCAGCUUGAUGCUAUUUCCAGACCAGGUGCCUUCACUUGAAGACAGUAAUUUUAGUUGCUCUUUUUUUUUAGGCCUGAGUGAGCCCCUCUAGGAUGAUGGCAGCUGCCAGAUGAGUUCUCCUGUUAAAACCUAGGCUGGUGGCCUGUCUCUUUUUAAAUUUCCAGACAGUGUAAAUACCACUUUUACGCAGCUUUCUUUGUAUGGUUAUUUUUUAAAAACUUGCUCUAAGGGCAGCUGUGCCAGGUGGGUCAGAGUUCUGCUCUGGGAAGGGCUGGGUAGCACUGCCAUCUCCUUCCCUCUGGGAUUUCCCCUGGUGUUUGCCCUUGCUGGUGGGAGUGGGCAAACCCCAACCUGACCUCUUCCACUUGGGUUGGUUUGACAAUCCAAAGGGUUACGGGGAUGAUGGGAAGGGAUUUAGGGCUUCUUGUUUCCUUCCCAUCACCACAGGGUGUCUCUCAGUCCCUACCACCACUGGCCCCUUUUUCUGCAGGGACAGCAGGGGAAGGGCUUCUGGAGGAGCUGCCUGCAGAAAGGCUUGUGAGUGGGGUCCUUGUUUCCUCAUCCCAGUUUUGUCAGCUGGGUCAGAGUUUCCUAGUCUUGACCUCUGCAUCCCUGGGAAUGGCAAUGCAGUGAAUCCACACUCCUCUUGUCUUUUCUCUGUGGUUUAUUUUAGCCAUGUCAGAAAGCAAGUAUGGUGUAGUGUGGUGAGUUUAAAUGUCUGGCAUCCUGUGUGUCACAGCUGCCUGGGAUUAGGAUGCUUCUCUCAGAAACCUAUAUAAUCUCUUCACUUUUUGCCUUUGAUAGAGAAUAAAUAACUCUGUACUCACCGAAUGUCAUAUUGAUGCUAGUGACAAGCUCACCUACCGCCUUGUUUAAGAAGGAUAUAGAUAGUGCAUUGUCCAGAAUAUGCAAACAGAAAAUAAUGAAGGCUAGUCAAAUAGAAAAGAACUGUCUUAAAAUCAGUGUAUGCAUUGGAAUCAUUCUUCCAUGUAGCUGUGAAUAUAGAGCAUAUUAUCAUCAAAUUAAGCGGAUUGGGAUGUGGUAAUUCAGUGUAGUAUUGUAGACUCUCACAAACCCCUUAGGAUGUAUGAGUAAAGCACAAGAAAAUCUAGAUUAUAAACUUACUGUAAGGAACUAGGUGGGAAAGUUAGAGUGAAGAUUCUGAAAAGUACUUGCAAACCACUCAGGAAAACAAUUACAAAAAUGUUCUAAGAUUUCUGCCUAUUUAGUUGUAUAGUGCCAUAUAAACUUAUUAACAGAGAAGCAAUGCCCUGGCUGGCUGUUGUAUGCCAUACUGUGGAAAUCCAAGGUCUUAAAUGUAUCUGAGUCUGCAUUUCUUGAAGAGAAGUGCAUAUACAAAAUAUGCUGUGAAUUGGAAACUCUUGGGAUCAUUGCACCAGGGGUUCUCUCUCCUCUCCAGCUCUUCUUGCUUUUUCUAGUGGAAAUGAGCUGAAGCAGAGAAUAAAAUAACACUGCAACCAUCUUACUUGUUCCUGUGAAAUAAAUCUGAAAUGGGUUAUUUGUAUAGGGCAGGUGAGUGGCAAACCAUCUUCAUAGACAAGGAAUGGGAUGGAAGCUCUGGCUUGGGGUUGUUCUCACAUAGUUAGUCUGAUUGGUAAAGGACUCUGUUGGAACUAGGUCACACAUCUAAUUUAUGCUUUAACAGAUACUUUUAUACAUUUAAUUCAGGGUGAUUUGUGUCUCUGAUCACAAGAGUCUUUUGGAAUAUGGUAGAAUAGUUAACUGCUUGGUACUCUAAUUAACACUUAGCACAGUGUAGUGCCUGUAAUAAUUUUUUCCAAUGCUUAAUAAUUGAUUUGUGCAGCACUCCUGUGAGGUUGGUUUGUCAUGUCUUAAAAAACUGUUUUCUAAAGACAUGUUGGUAUUACCAUAACUGUAUUAAUAAUACCCAGCAGAUAAUAAAGGAAGCCUUUGAUUUCCUCUCAAGAAUAAUUUUAAAAUGAAUUAUUUUAAAACUGAGAAAGUACUAUUGCCAUUUUCUCAUUCAUGGUGUCUUGGUUUAUCUGUAAAUGAAAAGACUCACUAGUGCUAGUUCUCAAAUCUCUUGAACUACAUCCAUGAUAUCUUAACUUUUUAUUCUUUAUAUGUAUCUAAAAUCCUGAUACAUGAGUAUUCAGAAACACAGAGUUGCUUCUAUGCACAAGUGCUACUCACACAUGUGUGCAUGCACACAUGCAGUAUUUGUACAUAUUUCACUUAAGCUUUUUUUAGUGGGGAAGGGUGAUGUGGUGGCUAAGAAACAGAUGACUGGAUUCUGUACUCAGUAUUUUGAGCAAGUUAUUUCCCUUGUAUGUGCUCCAGUUUCCCCACCUAUAAAAUGGGGCUGAUAGUAAUUACCUACCUCACAGGGGCAUUGUGAGGCUAAAUUAAUUACUGUUUGUUCAGGAUCAUCAGAGCAAAAGAAUUUUGUGAGUAUGAAUUAUUAGUGGUUUAACUUUCUUUGUUUCACUUGUAAUUAUCACUGUUCUUAAAAGUUCUCUGAAACCAGCUGCAAUUAUGUAUAAAUGUAAAAAAAUGCAUAAUUCAAAAAAGAAAAGGUGCAUCACUGGUAAAAAAUAAUAAUAAAAAAAAGGUCAUUUUAUUUAAACACUGCUAUUGGAACAUACUGUUACAUGGUAGCACUGCAACAUUGGCUGUGAUUUUGCUGUUGCACACUAGUAUUGUCAACUCACUUCUAUGCAUUGUUAUUUGAUCAAAAACCUUAUAAAAAUAGGUACAGUGAUAUUUAUCACCACUGAUAUUGAAGUAUACUGAAUCUAAAAAAGUGGCAGCGUACUGGCCUCAUUAGUCUCUUUCGCCUUCUUAAAAUCUGAUAUAUUUGCAAUUUCAAAAACACUUUACUUUUCAGAGUGCUCCAAGCAGUAUGAUCUGAAGCAUUCUAACAGAGCCAUCAAGAUUUACAGCUGUCUUUGCUUUCUCUUUUGACAUUAAAUGUUUUAUAUGGCUUUGGAACAGCCCAUCCAUAUGUAGUAUUCAGAAAUGCUCAGAGGACAUUUAGGGAAAAUGCACACAGUGUUAAUUAAUUUUUCAAUAAUAUAAGCAAUAUAAACCAGUGUAUAUUUUUAUACUCUGUUGAAGAGGGUGGUGGAAAUGGCUGGGAAGAAAUAGAAGGCCUGAGGCAAGAUGUUGUUGUUAUCCACAAUUCACAUCCAAUUUCUUGGAACUCUUUUAUGAUAUUCUCAUUUAAUUAAAUCCUUCUUGAUGCAUUUUCUUCUUUCAAUGACCGGUGUAAUGAGGAGUAAGCUGUUUAUUCAUAUAAAAUAGAUGAUUUAUUAACUAACUGUCCUGUAAAGACAAAUCAGUGCUUUGCCAUUAGUAAUUCCUAGUGCAAAGCAAGUUUCAUCUGACAUGGUUAUCAUGGUUAACAUGGUGUUUUCAGUCCAAAGAGACCUUAUCUUAGCGGGGAGACUGUAUGCUGUAUCUUUAAUAGAGGUCACUAGAAUGGAACUGCAGUAGUUUCCAUCCUCCUUACACAGACACAUGCUCAAACAAAUGUGUAGGAAAAAGAAUAUCCUUAUAAGAAAUUAAAUACAUACAGUAGCUUUUUGAUGAUGAACCAGAGGUUCUGAAAAGUUUUGAAUUUCUAGUGUUAUUUCAAGUCAAUGUUUCUAAGUAGAUAGAAUCGAUGACAAUUUCAGUCAUAGAUUUUUCCUAUGUUUCCUAUUAAAAAAGUUUUGUAAUUUUUUCAUUAAUGAGACUUCAGGGGAAAAGAGAGACUAAACAUUUUAUUUCAUUGCAGAGUCCCUACCAGUUGGAGUUAUGAUAGUUGUUUUAUGGUAUAUUGAUUGAUACCACUAUAUUGUUUCCAUAUUCAUUUUUAUUUCAGCAUUUUAGAUGAAAGUAAGGCCCAUUUCUCUCAAAAUAUUGGAUUUUCACCAGGACAAAAUUUAUAAGCAUUUACUCUUAUAAAUCUUGAUUUUUGAGAUGCAAAAUUUUAUUUUGUCUUUUAAUCCAUCCAAAAUGCUGCUUCCUGGCUCAUUUUCUGUUUUAGUCCCAGUUGUACAUUCCUUCUACAACUUUCUUCAAAAGACUGGCACAUAGCCAGUACUAGUCUGAGAAAACCUAAAACUUUCAUUAGAAUGGCAUUUAAUUGACUAUAAGUAAGGUCUGCUCAGAUAAUUACUUUAAUGUUAAGUUUGUAUUUUCAUGUUCUGUAUUUCCUUUCAGCAUCUUAGCAUUUGCCCUCUCAGUGCCAUUUAAAUGCCUUUUUAAUAAUGUAAUGUUUUUGACUUAUUUUUAGUCUAUAAUCAUCAAUGUUACAAAUAACUCAGACCCCUGGUUAGCUUUUGCAAUUAAUAGCUUAACCCUGCAGUCUUUGGGAAAUGUCAAGCUGUGACUUCUCAUAUUUGUAAUCUUCUAUCCCAAGCCAGCUCUUCUACCCAGCUGGACAGCAGCAUUGCCUCCAGUUGUCCGUGCAUGCUCAGACUGGAGGGGGUGCAGAAGGGCUGCUCUGUACUAAGACAUCCUAGAACAGCCCAUUUCCCAAAUCUGGAUGGGAAUGUCAUGCAGAAAAAGUUCUUAAUUGUUCCUUUUUUUCAAGUGUGUUGCAUAAGCAGAGAAGGUGCAUAUUAUUGGGAAAAGAAGAACCUGUAAUGGUAUUUCAGGCUGCUCUGGAGGCUAAAGAAUGUAUCCUCUUGGGAUAUUUUUCCAUUGAAAUUGAUAUGUACAGCAAGUUAGUUUCAUGAUUUUUAAUAUGAGAUCUCAUUUCUGUAAGUCUUCAGUACUUUUCCUCCUGUUAAAUGGAGUAGCAAAUUACUUAAACUAUGAAUUGUGGAGCCAUGUAUGACUUCCAUUCUUUUCAUCCCUUUUUUUCAUAUGUGAAGCUUGUCAGCAUUACUGUUUCCAUCUAGUUUAUAUUGUGGUAGCUGAGAUGAUCUUCUGUAAGACAGUACCUAAGAAAUAUUGGAAGGCUUAGAAAUAUGUACUCUAAAAUACAACAACAUAGCUGUGAGAAAAAAUUCUUAUCAAAAAGCUAUUAUGGUUUGCAUUAAAUACUUUUUUAGUAGUAUCUCUAAAAAUACAUACUCUUAAUUGCAAACUCUUUGCCUCUCCUUCGAGAUUGAUUUUCUUUCAGAGAACAUUUACUAGCACUAAAAGGAAGUGCAUUCUUUCCCUUACACAAGUAAUUUUGCUUAAUAUUUUUUCUUUGUAACACUUGGAUUUCACACAAACCUUGUCUGUCUUGAUCAGCCUUGAUUUCUGAGUUUCUGUAGAAUUUGCAUCUUUACACUGAUUACUUGCAAUACAGUGGACAUAAAGCCCUGUUAAGCAGCAAUAAUGCAAGCAGCAGUACCUGGCACUGCUUAAAAAAUAUGCCUUUUUUGCACGUAUUUUUAAUGGUAUAAUGAGUAUAUUAGUCAUCAGGAAGGCCAGGCAUUCCAAAUAACUUUCUUAAUAUGUCUUAUAUUUCUAUGUAAUUUGUUGCUAAUUUUAGACAGCUUUUGAUACUUAUAUUUAGCUCUUACUGACAGUGUCUGCUCUUGCAGAUCAAAGCGAAUGAAUUGGCUUAUUCACUUUUUAGAAAGAGUAUUAAUUCACACUGCUUAUUGAUUAAGAGUUUGAAAAUGAAAUCUUUCUGAAAUGGUGAAAGAGAUAGUUUUAAUGAGGACAGCUCAUGCAGGAAAACAGCAGGCUUAUAUCCAUGUGGCUAAUUCUUGUUAUGGAUUUUGAAUAGAAAAGACUGCAGAAGAAAUGUGACCCCAAACAUCAGUAACAUGCACGUAGGCAGUUUGCAAAUGGUGAAACUAGUCCAAAGGAGAAUAUUGUAAUACACCACCUCUAUGUUUCAGGUCCUCAUUAGGGCCUUUAAAUGGUUAAAAUUACAGAAUAUCUUCAGAAACAAACUAACCAGGAAAUUGCCAAAUUAAUUAGCUCCAUUUACUUGUAAAUACAGUCCUCUCUUUGGGGAUAAUCUUCUGAGAUGCUGAAGUAGCAAAGUAACUGUUCAUGAAGUCACCUGCAUUGUUUGAUGCUUCCAAAUCUUUGCCAAAUAGCUUCUGAAACUAGGAAAAAAAAAAAGCCAAAUUUCCACUCUUUUCUAUUUCUCCUCCUUUCUUCCCCCCACCCCUGUUUUGUAGUCCUUUUGUUGUGUUUCAUUAUUGCUGCUGGUUGUGGCUCUGCCUUGCCUGGCUUCUCCAGAUGAUAGUUUUCUACAGUCCACUUUUUCUUCUUUGCUUUUUGUUCUCCUUUAUGUUACUGUCUGUGUUUCUAUUUGGAUAUGCACCCUACUGUGUCCCAACUGAUAGCAAGAAGAAUAACAAUCUUCCCCAUUCCUGCCCCUCCUUUAAGCUCUGCUGUGUUUUCUGAGUCGAUGAGGUUCCCUGUGCUUUGUGUCACUGCAGUCCAUCCUUCCUGUUUCUUUCUCACUUCAGUAUCUUUUAAUCCUUUCAGAUUUAAUUUUGGCUCUCAUUUUUGCUGAACCUUUCUGGAAUUCUUAUUUUUUACUUUUUAAGAACAUCUCUCAGAUGUUUGUCCCAGAGAGCACAUGCUUCUACUUUGAGAUGUGGAUGAGUAUUGUAGUCCCUGAAAGAAUAAAAACCAGCAUUUCCUCUCUCACCAGUAUGUAUAUUGGUUUUGCCUUUGGUCUGUAGUAAAAUUAUGUAUUUAAUUGGCAAAGAUGCUUAUCUGUUAUCUCCUAGAUAUCUUCCUCUGCCUCCUUUUGGGUUACAGGCUGAGACAUGGUGUUCCCAUGAGUUUCCUGGAGCACAGCAAGGGCUGCCUUGCUUUGCCAGCCUCGCAGUCUGGCAGGUACAGAAUUGCAGCAGGGGUAGAGACACCUUGCCAUACCCCUGGGCUGCAUUUGUGUUUCAGUAUGGGAAAUGCUGAGACCCAAGCUGAGACACAGCUUUUUAGAGAAAUUGUUACAGCCCAAAGCUGAAGAAUAGGUGAAGUAAAGAGAAUUCUUUGUUAAUAGAGGGUUGGGAGCAAUUUGACCUGACAGGUUUAUGGAAUAGGUCUGUAUGAAACCUUUCCUAGAGGGUGGAGAAAAUGGCUUAGAUUCAAGUUCCAUAAAAUACAAAUUUAGGCAAAGUCACCAGAUAUUUUUGGAAUCAUUAUGGAUCAUUCUGGAGGAACUUGGAGAAUGUAAUGGGAGUAAGAUCACUGAAAAGCCCAGCUGUAUCUUGGAAGGGUACAGCCUGUCUUAGGGAGUGUAAAUGAGAGAGAUGUGGGAAGGAGGGGAGCUGAGGACUAAACAGGACAAGGAAAAGCAGGGAGAGUCAGUGUUACCAGUGUGUAUGGUUUUACCAUGUUGUUCAUCUUGUUUCACUUAAGUCUUCAAGCUUACUUUAAUUUGUAAUGGCUAUUAUUUUAUUUUGUUGGUUGCAUGCAGACACUUUAAACCAUGAGUCUAAAUUGAAGCAGCAAGAGAAACAUUCAAAAUUAUCACCAUCUCUCUGUCUAUAACUUAAGACAGAUCUGACUUGCAGCAACAUCCAACCUGAGGUGCAUGGAAAAGAUGUUUUCAGAGUCAAGAUGCCUGUAUGUGUGCUCCAGAUGAUGGGGGGUCAUUUGCUAAUGGUGUUCCUCCCUAGCACAGCACUGAGCUAGAAGACAAGGAAAAAGAAUUAUUUUAUAGAGUCUGUCUCUUGCAUUUAUACUGUUGAAAUGUAAUUUGCUAGAAUGCCUCUAUGAGCUGUAAUUUUAUAAUGUUUAAAGAAGAUGAAUGGAGCUGGUGUAGUAUUCCUGAGGGUAAACACCAGUGACUAGAGUUUACUGAACAUGUGACUAGAAAUUUUAAUUUUAGGAACAGAGAGUUCCUCCGUUUCAUAUACACACCAGGCCUUUGAGUACAGAUCCUUUUUUUCAUUUUUCACUGACAGGCUGUGAUUUAUUUCCUCAUGGGUGUAAAGUCAUGGAUUGUGCUUGCUGCAGUGCAGAAGGCUCUGGAGGGAAAACAUAAUCAAAUGGAGAAUUAUACUUGAAUUCUCCUCUCUUGAUCCCAGUCUUCUCUGAGUUGUUUUUCUCUGAUUGUCAUUCUUUCAAUAAACUGGGUUGUUGUUAAAAGGCGAUUAACUAAUUUUCAUCCUCUUCCAUGUGACUGAGGAAAAAUAAAUACAAGAAUUUGCAGAGGAACAGCAGAUUGAAAGAGGGUAGGGAACUUGAUCAUCUGGCAGAGUGCUUUGGGAAGCUUCCAUGUUUUAUGUUUUACUUACCACUUAUUUCUACAAAUAUGUGCAGUGCCUGUGAUUUACCUUUCCAUUAAACUUUGAUAGGUUUCUUUGCACAAGGUGAUUUUCAAAAAUGCCACCCUAGUGCAUUGCAAGUGUGGGUUUAGGAGGCAUCAGGUAUUGCCCUUCCUCACCUAAAUGAAAUUAACUUGGUGUAUUAAUUUGUUGUAUUUAUGAAGCAACAGUAGGAAUAUUGCUUCAUCCUAUAUUGGAGAAAUAUUUUGAGAGAUGAGAGUUGGAAUGGGAGAAUUUUCCUUUUUAAGAGUAAAGGAUGGAAGCCAGCUUAUUUACAGUGCAUCUGUGGCUGUUCCAGCACAGGUGGGUGCAAAGUCUCUUAAUCCAGGUACAGACAGAUAAAUAUAGACUUUGCUGGCAUUACCCAUGAAAACAAAAGGAAAAAAAAAUGUUAAUUAAGGUGAGCCUAAAUAAUAUUUUGUGACUAAUUACUGCAGCAGCUCUUGGCAAGUAUAUGAAAGCCUAUAAAAUAAAAACUAGGCUUGACAUAUGUCUUGUGAAGAUUCACAAAGCAUGUGUCACUACCCUGUUGUUAAUGUGGAACAUCCUUUAUUUGGCAUUGCAGGGCCAAAUUCUACUCAAAUUUAUGGCCGUGCAGUUCCACAGACAUUAUCAGUUCAGCUUUGUGUUACAGAAGAAUUUCAUCCACUGUGAAUUUGGAAAGAAAUUGCAGGUUAAAAUCAGUCUUUUCAAUGCACCUGUGCUUACACAGGUUACUUACUGAUUUUCACCAUAAUUUUUAUCCCCAUUGCUAGCAUGAGAGUUCUUUGGAUAGAUGUAAGCUAAUUACAACCAAGGUAGAACUGAAUUUUUUAACUGCUUAGGACUGCUUGGUCAGCAAAUGCUUAACACUGUAUCCAACUGGAUUUUUGAUCAAGAGGUUAUUCCACCCCAUGUGAAGGUUCUUAGCAGUCAUCAGUAUGCUGUAACCCCUACCUGUAACAUACAAGGCUACACAGUCCUCUCCUUCUGCCUUUGCACAUUCUAGUAGUUGUGAAAACAGAACAUGCCUUCUCCUAAUUUUGUUUCAGGUGACCUUGACUUUAAGCAGGUUUCUUUGUAAACAGUAACAGGGCUCAAGUGAUGAAUGAAACAAAUCCAUAACUGGUGCAUUGUCAAAAAUGGGGAAAAGUGUUAUUUGUAUAUUUUUGUAAAUAUGUAACAUUUAAUGGCAGUUUUGUAGUGACGUGCUGUUUUUGAGAAAAGGAAGCAAAUAUAUGUUUGAAUAUGCUUGACGUAACACUUAACUGUGAUUCAAUUGCACAAGUAAUAGCUUAAUCAAAAAGUCUUGUGCAAUAUGUAGUGCACACACAUAGCCAAGUAUCUGUUAGCGAUCCACAAGCAAGUUUUUGGCAACUUUUAACAAUGGUGAUGAACUGUGCAGUACAGAUUAUCACGGUCUCUUUCAGCUUCCAAACAUGUAGCAGGCAAACUACUGUAUACGUACCUGUGUACUCCACUGCAUCCAAAGGUAUGCAUUUGUCCUGAGAACCUGCACUCCAGGUUUUUCUUUAAUAAAAUUUGGUUCUAAACUA